AUGGCCUGUGCUGAGAAAGACCAAUCCUGUGAGGACAGCAGCAGGCAAGAAGAGGAUCUACGCACCUCCCCGGAUGUGCUUGUCCUUCACAUGCUGUGCCCCCUGUACCAAGACAAGAAGUUAACUAAACUGUUGCCUGUCCUGCUUUACAAGUAUCAAAAGAAGGAGUCUAUCACAAAGGAAGAAAUGCUGUACAAUAUUAACGCACGAGACCGUGUGCACUUCUCUCCAUUAUUCAAGGCAAUAUGUGAAUGCAUGUGUCUGGCUUUUGGCAUUGAUGUGAAAGAACUGUAUCCUGCUAGCAAAAAAUAUGUCCUUAAGCCUAUCUUGGGCCUCACUUAUAAUGGUAUAAUGAGUGACGAUUGCCAGAGCAUUUCCAAAAUCAACCUUCUGGUAGUCAUUCUCAUUGUCAUCUUCUUAAAGGGUAACCGCAUCAGUGAGGUAGAUUUAAAGGAAUUCCUAUUAACAAGAGAAAUGCUACCUCAGAGGAAGCGUUUUAUUAUUGGAGACCCAUGGGGUUUCAUCACAAAGGAUUUGGUGCAGAAAGAAUACCUGGAGAGUAAACUGGUCCCCAAUAGUGAUCCUGCUAAGUACGAGUUCCUGUGGGGUCCAAGAGCCCAUGCUGAAACGAGCAAGAUGAAAGUCCUCGAGCAUUUGGCGAAGGUUAAUAGGAGAGAUCCCAAGUCCUACACGAAUCUAUAUGAAGAGGCUUUGAGAGAGGAGCAAGAGGCCACCCGUUCAAGGGAUAGGAGCCAGUGA